AGUAACUGUAGUAUAUGCUGUUUGGAUAGUGAACUGGUGUUGUUGUUUGCUAGCUGCUGUUAGCUUGCUGGCUAACAGCGUCAGGCUACAAUGUUUCAUUGUUUGAGGAGAAAGCAUCAGUGAAAUGCUAGGGCUAACGUUAGCUGGAUUAUAAAGUUCUAUGGUUAAUUUUUGGGAUCAUCAAUCAAAAUUUCGUCCUGUGCACUGUUGUUUUAUGUUAUGUAAACAAGCUGUAAUUUAUUGGCAACUAGGCUUACUGUUAUGCCGUCUGUUUUCACUGCACGUCAACCUGAUAUAACUUCAGUUAGCAGGGAACAUAAGCAAAAAAUAUUGACCUAAAUGCACCUGCUACUGGGAGCCAAACAUAACAAUUUGUUUCCUACUGGGAGUGAGGGACAUGGUCACGUGACUGCACUAUAACAGAUGUAAACUUGAACAGCAUCUGUCGCAGCAGUGGCUGUUGGCACAAUGGGACUGGACUUUGAUGUAAAGACGUUCUGUCACAAUCUGCGGGCCACCAAGCCCCCUUACGAGUGUCCUGUGGAGACUUGUCGUAAAGUCUACAAGAGCUACAGUGGCAUUGAGUAUCACCUUUACCACUAUGACCAUGAUAACCCAACUCCUGCACAGACUGUGCCCCAAAAGAAGAGAAAAGGACGGCCUCCUCGCGCCUCAUUGGCCGGGUCAGGUGAUACGGACGAUGGUGGAGGUAAGGGAGGUGGAGGACCGGGGCACGGGGGGAACACACCGGGUAGCCCCAACCGGUCAGAUCACUCUCACUCCCCGGGCAGAGAGACAAUGACCUAUGCCCAGGCACAGCGCAUGGUGGAGCUGGAGUUUCAAGGACGCAUCCAACGCAUUAGCAUCUUUGAGAACAUUGACGUGGUGUCAGAGGAAGACAGUGAUGCAGAGGAUGCACUUCCAUCUGGUACUGGUGGUAGCGGCGGAGGGGUGUGUAACGGUAGUGAUGGCGGAGCUGGAGGCAGCGAGGUAGGAGGUAGUGGCAAGGACCGGCCAGAUAUCCCUUCCUCUAAUGGGGGCAAAUCCACUCCAAAGUCUGGGAAGCAUAAGAGUAAGGAAAAGAAGAAGGAUGGCUCAUCUCAUCAUCACAGCGCUCUGUCCGGCCCUGCAGUCAAGCUCCCUGAGGCUGUGUUCAGAGAACUGGACCAAGAGAGACCCGAUGCCCCUCCUCGACCAUCAUCUUACUACAGGUACAUUGAUAAGUCUGUGGAGGAGCUGGAUGAGGAGGUCGAGUAUGACAUUGACGAGGAAGACUACAUCUGGCUUGACAUCAUGAACGACAAGCGGCGGCGUGACGGUGUUACACCCAUCCCUCAGGAAGUCUUUGAGUACCUCAUGGAUCGCCUGGAGAAGGAGUCGUACUUUGAGAGCCACAACAAGGCUGACCCCAGUACCCUAAUCGAUGAAGAUGCUGUCUGCUGCAUCUGUAACGAUGGCGAGUGUCAGAACAGCAAUGUGAUCCUGUUCUGCGACAUGUGUAACCUGGCAGUGCACCAAGAAUGCUAUGGUGUUCCAUACAUCCCAGAGGGCCAGUGGUUAUGUCGGCGCUGCCUGCAGUCGCCAAGUAGAGCUGUGGACUGUGCUCUCUGUCCCAACAAGGGAGGUGCUUUCAAACAGACAGAUGAUGCACGCUGGGCACACGUUGUGUGUGCCCUCUGGAUCCCGGAGGUCUGCUUCGCUAACACAGUCUUUCUGGAGCCAAUCGACAGUAUUGAGCACAUUCCUCCUGCACGCUGGAAGCUCACCUGCUACAUCUGCAAGCAGCGUGGUUCAGGUGCCUGCAUCCAGUGUCACAAAGCCAACUGUUACACGGCUUUCCACGUCACCUGUGCCCAGCAGGCGGGCCUCUACAUGAAAAUGGAGCCAGUCAGAGAGACUGGGGCCAACGGCACCUCUUUCAGCGUCCGCAAGACAGCUUACUGUGACAUCCACACGCCUCCGGGAUCAGCACGGCCUUUGGGAGGAGUGGGCGGCGCCAGCAUGGGUUCGUCUCACAGUGAAGGAGAGCUGGAGGAGGAUGACGAGCCCAGCAUUGGCCAUGAUGACGACUCCAAAGGCUGGAGCUCUGAGCGAGCCAAGAGGGCGAAGGCCAAGUCCAGGCUAAAGAUGAAAAGAGCGAGGAAGAUCUUGGCUGAAAGGAGAGCUGCUGCGCCAGUGGUGUCUGUGCCCUGCAUACCUCCCCAUAGGCUGAGCAAAAUCACCAGUAACUUGACGGUACCCAGGAAGAGCCAGUUCAUGCAGCGACUUCACAGCUAUUGGACCCUGAAGAGGCAAAGUCGUAAUGGCGUACCUCUGCUACGCCGGCUCCAAACCCAUCUGCAGUCCCAACGACACAUCGACCCACUCCCACCACAACCUCCGUCGCAGCUCCCUCCGGUGACUUGUGUUAUUAGGGACAGCGAGGAGAAACAUUCUGCUUUAAAGGAGCAGCUGAAGGCAUGGCAGAGACUUAGACACGACCUGGAGAGAGCCAGGCUACUGGUGGAGCUCAUCCGCAAGAGGGAAAAACUCAAAAGGGAGACGAUUAAGGUGCAGCAGAUGGCGCUGGAGAUGCAGCUGACUCCCUUCCUGGUGCUGUUGAGGAGUACUUUGGAGCAGUUACAGGAAAGAGACAUUAACAACUUUUUUACUGAGCCUGUACCGCUGGCAGAGGUGCCAGACUACCUGGACCACAUUGACACUCCAAUGGACUUCCAGACCAUGUGGAACCUUCUGGAGUCCCAUCACUACCUCACUUUUGAGGCAUUUGAGGCAGACUUUGGCCUCAUUGUCAACAACUGCUUAAAGUACAACGCCAAGGACACAGUCUUCUACCGCGCUGCCCUGCGGCUCAGGGAGAUGGGCGGGGCUGUCAUAAGAACCGCCAGGCGCCACGCUGAACGGAUAGGCUUUGACUAUGAGGCUGGUAUACACCUCCCCCGAGAGCCGAGCCCAGACAGUCAGUGUGACCAAGACAGAGACCGAGACAGAGACAGAGAGAGGGAACGAGAACGGGAACGAGAACGGGAACGAGAACGGGAGCGGGAACGGGAACGGGAGCGAGAGCGGGACAGAGACAGAGACAGAGAACGAGACCGGCCAUUGUCCUCUAAUGAAGAAGACCUGCUCCUGCCAGAGAACAGGCGACGGCUGCCGCUGGAAGAGCAGCUGCAUUACUUACAGGCGCGUCUUGAUGAGGUCAGCUCGGGAAAGCACAGCAUUGGUCAGUCUCGUAGAGCCAAAGCUCUGAGAAAGGAGAUCAGUGUAAUCAAGAGGAAGCUUGCGCACCAGCGGGAGGGAGGCUCCGUUAUGGGGGGCCGGGAGUCUGUGGGAGGAGGAGACCGGGGUAUUUCCCUCCCCCAUCACCCAUCCUCUUUGGGACACCAUGAUGAAGGGGGGGAAAGCAGCAGCCAGGAGAUUGGUGGAAAAGAUCUGAGUGUGUCCUCGUCUGCCCUGGCUCCAGAGGUGGGCCGUCGAACAUCUGUCCUCUUCUCCAAGAAGAACCAAAAAAUGGCCGGACCCCCCAAAAGGCCAGGACGCCCUCCCAAGAACCGGGAUGCUGGCUAUGCUGGGACGGGGUUGAGCCAAAGCCCUAUCGGUCCCCCUCAGUUACCUCUGCUGUCACAAAGCAGGCAGAGGAAGAGGCCGCGCAGCCCCCGCAGCAGCUCCAGCUCUGACAGCGACAGUGACAAUGACGACCUGCUCCCAGGUUUGCCAACUAACGGUUUCGAUGGAGGAAACCAGCCAGUAACGGAGAGCUUCCGCGUGUACAGAAGUGAGUCCCGUCUCCCUCGUUCCAGCUCAGACUCGGAGUCCACAACCAGCAGCAGCAGCAGCGCAGCUUCUGACCGGACCAGUACGACCCCCUCUAAGCAGGGCAGAGGAAAGGCGUCGUUCUCUCGCUCUGCUUUCCAGGAGGACAGCAGUGAGGAGACAUCGGGCACUGAAAAUGAUUCCUACUCAGUUGGAGGAUCGCGGAGUGUUUCACAUUUGGUGCGUGGUCGGGCCAGGUCCGGAUGCUGGAUGACCUCUGAUGACUAUUCUUCUCUGGAAGCUCUGGACCUGGUGUGGGCGAAGUGCAGAGGCUAUCCUUCAUAUCCUGCUCUGAUAAUUGACCCGAAGAUGCCCAGGGAGGGGGUGUUCCACCGCGGUGUCCCGAUCCCUGUCCCACCUUUGGAUGUGCUGAAACUAGGGGAGCAAAUGACCCAGGAGGCCAGGGAGCACCUGUUCCUGGUCCUCUUCUUUGACAACAAGAGAACUUGGCAGUGGCUGCCGCGCUCUAAGCUGGUGCCGCUCGGGGUGGACCAGGAGCUGGACAAGGAGAAGAUGCUGGAGGGAAGGAAAUCCAACAUCCGCAAGUCAGUGCAGGUGGCCUACCACCGUGCCAUGCAGCACCGCAGCAAGGUGCAGGGAGACCCCAGCAGCGAGACCAGCGAUAGUGACUGAAAACACACACACCUUAUGCGUUGGUCCCUGCAGGUGUCGUUGAGUAUACGGUUCUCUAUCGAGAGCCCAGCCCUCCAUCACAGAACACAAGAAACCGUGCCAGAAGCACAGAGUGGGUAAAUAAACAAACAUCCACUACAUUGGCCCCAAGACACACACACACAUCAUGCAAACUAAGCCGUAUUUAAUCUGACGUGUAAAAUAUUGUAUUUAAGAGAAAAAAAAAAAAAAUGGAAUUAAUAAUAAUGAUGGAAAAAUAUGCUAUGUUUCAAAUGACCAAUCAAAAAUAUUCCUCAUAUGUGGUCGAUAUGUUUAUUAACAAAUGAGAGGAUGGUUUACAGACUCAAGAAAUGAACAGUGUUACACAUACACAACUAUAAUUUUACAUUUGGACAGGGAAAUGCCAUCACCCCAACACAUCUUCACAUAUCGCCCACCUCUUUGAGAAAAAAAAAAAAAACAGGCCUGGUGCUAGUGUCGCGUCAUUUAUCAGUGGAGCACAAAGAGGACUAUUACAGCCUCAACUGUGGGCAAACCAACGUUGAUGUUAUUUAUUAUGCUUACUCCUUAACAAGGUCCACAAGCUCGUUUUUAUCAUGGACUACUUCUAAUCACUCCUGCUACACAAGACACCAUUGUGUGGUCCUUUUUUUUCGUCUGUCACUCUGUGUUCAUCAUGUCUCCUGUUUUUACGAUUUUCUUAAUGUACGUCUGUCACACAGGCCGCUGUUCAAUGAAUAAUGAGGACUAAACUGAAACACGUGAUCGCCUCACUGUCUGUCUUAGUUUCAGGCUGAUGGCUUUAGAACUUUUAUAUAUACAGAUUGCAUAAAGAUAGAAGUUUAAUAAAAAAAGAAUUGAGUUUUUUAAACUUG